UAUUUGUCCGUCCCAAAUUAAAGCCAUAUAUAUGCCAAUGGCCACCGCGCCCACCGUCGCCGGCGGCAAACUGCUGCGUUCCGCCUCUGCGAUUGUAGGCGGCACGGAGAGCGGCCAGCACCUGCUCGAGAUCAACGGCUACUCCAGCAUCAAGGACGCCGUCUCCAUCGGCAACUGCGUCCAGUCUCGGCAUUUCCGCGUUGGCGGCCACGAUUGGUACAUCCGCUACUACCCCAACGGCUUCAACUCGAACGUUUCCGAUUGCAUAUCCAUCUACCUCGUCUUGGACGGCCACGAGGCCCACGACUACUAUUACGGUCGCUCAAUCGUGAGAGCAGAGCUCACGUUGAGCUUACUCGACCAAGAACGGGAGCCAGUGACAUCCUACAUCUACAGCCAUGGGUUGCAAAUUUUCGAUGGCUACGGCCGCUAUCGGGGAUCUCUGCGUUUCAUCCAGAAGGCCGUACUGGAGAGAUCGGAGUACCUCCGGGACAACCGCUUCACGAUCAGGUGUGACAUCACGGUCAUGAAGAAUCCCGAGGCAAAGGACACUGGCGGCAGGCGGGUAACCCUGCCACCGUCGGACCUGGCCCGGCACCUCGGCGGCCUCCUCGCCACCGGAGUGGGCGCCGACGUGACGUUCGAGGUCGACGGCAAGACGUUCUUGGCGCAUCGGAAUGUGCUCGCGGCCCGAUCCCCAGUGUUCCACCAAGAGCUUUUCUCCCUAACGGAGAAGGGGAAUGCCGCGACUGGCGGUGCCGGUGUCAUCAUACGCGUCGACGACAUGGAGGCGCAGGACUUCGAGGCUCUGCUCCACUUCAUAUACACCGACUCGUUGCCGGAGAUGAAAGGUGGAGACGCAGUGGCGAUGCUCCCAGACCUGGUCGCGGCGGCUAACAGGUAUAAGAUGGAGAGACUAAGGUUGGUCUGUGAAGAUAAGCUAUGUGAGUAUGUAACUGUGAGAACCGUGGCAGCCAUGUUGGCGUUUGCUGGGGAACACCAAUGCCCCGAGCUUGAGAAGAAGUGCUUGCAGCUACUCGAAGAUCCAGCAAAUUUGAGGAACAUCGUGGAGACUGAAGGUCUUGAGCAUCUGACGAAAAGCUACCCCUUUGUUUUGAAGGAUCUAAUUGCCAUGUUUGCUACAAAACCGUAG